AUGCGGUACGCUUUAAGUUACAUCGCUAGCGCCCUUAUUUACAACUGCAAUUAGUAUUUUUGUUACCUAUUAUAUUCUUACUGGAAAAGGAGAACAGGUCAGUUUAGCAUGGUUUUUCCUGAAUACAACGCCUUAUAUGUGGGCUGCUCUGGGAAUUGGACUGUCUGUAUCACUAUCAGUAGUAGGGGCUGCUGUAGGAAUCCAUACCACAGGAGUCAGUAUUGUAGGAGCGGGUGUAAAAGGCCCCUAGAUAAAAACAAAAAAUUUGAUUUCUAUUAUUUUUUGCGAAAGCCGUAGCCAUUUAUGGUUUGAUUAUGGCUAUAGUUUUGAGUGGAAGUCUCAAGGAAAUAAAAGCUGCAGAGUUUGUAAGUAAUCCUCAUUAUUUUGCCACAAAUCACUUUGGCUCACACGUUAUUUUUGGAUCAGGAAUAACUGUAGGAUUUGUAAAUCUGGUAUGCGGAUUUUGUGUUGGUAUAGUUGGAUCAGGAGCUGCUAUUUCUGAUGCUGCGAAUCCUUCCUUGUUCGUAAAAAUUCUUAUCAUUGAGAUUUUUGGCAGUGCUAUCGGUCUUUUUGGUCUCAUCGUUGGAGUUUAUUUGACUUCCAAAGGUUCUAUGGGUUAA